AUGGAUCCAGAACUUGGAGGCUUAUUCUCAAUAACCCUGUCCGAUUCCGAACCUGAAGAGACGACCAAGACUGAGCCACCUCGCGAUCGCACAGGCCAGUCUGAAGAAGCGUACCAAGCCGUGAGGAGAGACUAUCGAGUCAAAGUUGAAAACGGAGAGGUCCACAAUAUUGUCAAGUUGCCGGUUGAGAAGGGAGCCAAGAAGCACCAGAUUCAGGACGUCCUGUACGCGGCAGAAGAAUUGUACUUUUUCCGGCGAUACAGUGAAGCCACAGACUUCCUCCAGCAAGUUCUGAAGCAGGGCGAAGGGCAGAGCCACGGAUUUGAUGAGGAAACGAGGGCUUUAUUGGGCAUGUUCCUCACUAAAUGUCUGGAAAAGUCUGUAAGGUGA